AACCCUAAAGCCACCGAGAGGUAUUGUGAAAUACAAUAGAAUACAGAAUGUCAGCAAUCAGAUCGAAGCAAUAUUACGGCACUAGUAGUCUUGUUGUUGGAUAUGCCUUGUGUUCAAGCUUGCUUGCGGUGAUUAACAAGUUCGCCAUUACUAAUUUCAACUAUCCAGGUCUUCUCACUGCAUUACAGUACCUAACUUCAACUUUAGGGGUUUGGGUUUUGGGGAAAUUUGGUUUGUUACAUCAUGAUCCCUUUACAUUGGAAAAUGCCAAGAAAUUCUUGCCUGCUGCAUUUGUUUUUUACUUGGCAAUAUUUACGAAUACUAAUCUUUUGCGCCAUGCCAAUGUGGAUACUUUUAUUGUGUUUAGAUCAUGUACGCCAUUGCUUGUUGCGGUUGCUGAUACAGCUUUUAGGAAGCAACCAUGUCCGUCUAAAUUGACGUUUUUGUCCUUGGUUGUGAUUUUGGGUGGUGCUGUUGGGUAUGUUGCUACGGAUUCAGGGUUUACUCUCACGGCGUAUUCGUGGGCGUUGGCGUAUUUGGUAACUAUUACGACUGAGAUGGUUUAUAUUAAGCAUAUGGUGACGAAUCUUGGGUUGAAUACUUGGGGGUUUGUGUUUUAUAAUAAUUUGUUGUCGUUGAUGAUGGCACCUUUGUUUUGGAUUAUUACUGGGGAGUAUGUUGAUGUGUUUAUUGCGAUGGGAUCGAAUGGAGGAAGGAAUUUGUUUCACCCUGUUGCAUUUGUGGCGGUGUCGUUGUCGUGUGUGUUUGGCCUGCUUAUUAGUUUCUUUGGGUUUGCUGCAAGGAAGGCGAUAUCUGCUACUGCUUUUACAGUAACUGGGGUUGUGAAUAAGUUUUUGACUGUUGCGAUUAAUGUUCUUAUUUGGGAUAAGCAUGCUAGUCCAUUUGGUUUAGGGUGUUUGCUGUUGACCAUUGCUGGAGGUGUUCUUUAUCAGCAAUCUGUAACUGGUGUUACUAGUGCUCCACCACAACGGGAUUCGGCUGUAUCUAAGCAGGAAAAUAAGAAUGACCACCACAACUAUGGAGAUAGUGAUGAGGAGAAGGGGAUAUCGGGCACCUUCUCCAGCCGCUGAAUAUCCCUACUUAUAGGGCAUGUCUACAAAGAGCAAAACCAACUUGCAGCCGGGCUCGCCAACUUGGCUACUUCUACGACUGUUGACACUUGUGUAGAAAUUUUUUGGGACACUCCACAUCAGCUAUCUGAAAGUUUGUGUGAGGAUCGAAUAGGAGCAAUGUUCAUCCGUAUGAUUUCUGCUCCACGGGCAGCUUUAUCUACUAACUGUUGUUCUACUUAUACUAGUAUUAGGAGUUCAAACUCUUUUUAAGUACUGUAACGACCAUCUAUAAUAUUGUGGCACAGCCACAACAAACUCUCGUGGAGACUUUUGUUAUAUAUUAUACCACCAUUCCUCCAAAAAAAAAAAAAAAGAAUGCGUAUAGAAAAUGUAAUGAUUUGUUAGUUUGAAGUAAACACCAGUUGAUCUGUGAGUUACC